UCAGUCGUGUUUGCAGGAAGAGUAACUAUGACAGAAAAACAAAGAGUGGGAACAGAGCAAAAGCUGCACGACAAAUAAAAAAAUCUGGACAGAAAGGCUAUGUAAAGAAAGAAAGUGUGCACCACGUUGAUGCUGAUGCAGCAUCCAGUGAUGAUGAAACAGACUCUGAGUUAGCUCUGUAUAAACUGUCACAGCCAGGAGAAAAGUCCAGUAUCAUUGUGAGACCAGAAGUUGAAGGAAUACCACUUGAAAUGGAGCUGGACACAGGUGCAGCAGUGUCUUUGAUUUCAACAGAGACUUAUAACAAAAUAUUGAAACACCUGCCCUUAUGCUCAACUGACAUUGUUUUUCGAACAUACACAGGACAAGCAUUAAACCCUGAAGGUGUAAUUGAUGUUCAUGUAAAAAUGGGCAAACAGACAGCUGUACUUCCUUUGUAUGUCGUGCAUGGCGAUUAUCCACCACUCUAUGGCAGAGAAUGGCUGCGUCAGAUUAAACUGAACUGGAAAGAAAAAAAAACAGUUAAAUUGAAGACGCUAGGAGCUGUUCUGGAGAAACAUGCAGCUGUUUUCUCUAAACAACUGGGAGAAAUGAAGAGCAUUAAAGCUAAAAUAACAUUGAAUCCUGAGCACAAACCCAAGUUUUGUCAGCCCAGAGUUGUUCCGUAUGCUCUGCGUCCAAAAGUCGAAGAGGAGCUAAACCGUCUCACUGAAAUAGGUGUAUUGUCACCUGUACAGUACAGCGAAUGGGCUACCCCAAUAGUCCCUGUGGUGAAGAAAAACGGAGCAGUGCGCAUAUGUGGUGAUUUUAAAGUGACGAUAAACCCCGUCCUUCUCAUUGAACACUAUCCGUUACCACGUAUCGAAGACCUGUUCGCUUCUUUGGCGGGAGGACAAUGUUUUAGCAAACUGGAUUUGUCACAUGCUUACCUCCAGAUGAGGGUGGAGGAGGAGUCAAUGAAGUUCCUUACAAUUUCCACACAGAAAGUGCUAUUCCAGUAUAAACGCCUUCCGUUCGGAAUUGCUUCGGCUCCAGCUAUAUUCCCGAGAGCUAUGGACCAAGUAUUACUAGGUCUUUCCAAUGUCCAUUGCUAUCUCGAUGACAUUCUUGUUACUGGGAAGACUGAAGCUGAACACCUGGAAAACCUGGAUGCAGUCCUUGGACGCCUGGAAGAGUUUGGUUUGCAUAUUGAAAAAGGGAAAUGUGACUUCUUCAAGGACUCAUUGGAAUACUUGGGUCACAUAAUUGAUGCUGAAGGUUUGCACAAGUCACCUGAAAAAGUAAGUGCAAUUGUUAAUGCUCCAACCCCAUCAAACAUCACACAGCUGAGGUCAUUCCUUGGCCUGCUGAACUAUUAUGGGAGAUUCAUACCUAAUUUGGCAACCAUUGUGAGUCCAUUGAACGCCCUGCUGUGUAAGGGGAAACGUUGGCAGUGGUCUUCGGAGUGUGAGGGUGCAUUUAAAAAGGCAAAAGAACAAUUAGUGUCACAAAACGUCUUGACACAUUAUGACCCACAGAACGAAAUUCGGCUCGCGUGUGAUGCAUCACCUUAUGGUAUUGGUGCCGUUAUCUCCCAUAUGUUACCCAGCGGUGAAGAAAAGCCAAUAGCUUUCGCAUCACGCACACUUAGCAAGGCAGAACAGAAUUAUGCGCAGAUCGAGCGUGAGGCUCUGGCAAUCGUGUUCGGAGUCAGAAAAUUCCAUCAGUAUCUCUAUGGACGGAAAUUCACGCUUUUCACAGAUCACCGCCCCCUUACUACGAUCUUUGGACCACAGAAUGGAAUCCCAUCUAUGGCGGCGGCACGGAUGCAAAGGUGGGCAUUGCUUUUAUCUGCACACAACUACACAAUUGAGUACAAAAGAGGUGAACAUCAUGCAAAUGCUGAUGGUCUUUCCCGUCUGCCAUUACAAGUGGAACACAGAGAGAAAAAAGAUGCUGUUGAGCUGUUCUACCUCAGACAGGUAGAGAUGAGUGACACUAUCUUGUCUACAGUAGUCGAGAUGGUUCUAAAAGGGACUCAAGCUGUCAGCCUGACAGAUAACAAUGCACUUUCGCCUUUCAUCUCCAAGUGCAAUGAACUGUCUGUCCAACAAGGGUGCUUAAUGCGGGGGUUGAGAGUCGUCGUUCCUCACAAGUUGCGGAAAAGAGUGCUGGAGGAACUGCACACGGGCCACCCAGGAAUUGUCAGAAUGAAGUCCAUCGCUCGCAGUUAUGUGUGGUGGCCGGGUAUUGAUGCUGACAUUGAACUGCAAGUGAAAAUGUGUCAGUCAUGUCAACAAAUACAGAAAAUGCCACCCCAAGCGCCCCUCCACCCAUGGGAGUGGCCAAGCAAACCAUGGGAGCGCAUACAUGUUGAUUUCACUGGGCCGUGUGAGGGCUACAUGUACCUAGUCGUGGUUGACGCACAUUCAAAGUGGCCUGAGGUGCGGUUGAUGACAUCCACGGCAGCGGGUAAAACAAUUGAUGUUUUAAGGAACCUGUUUAGUCAUUAUGGUCUUCCUGAAGUCCUUGUGAGCGACAACGGACCACAAUUUGUCUCUCAGGAAUUUGCAAAUUUCCUGAAGGCCAACCAUGUGAAACAUAUCCGUUCAGCUCCUUAUCACCCGGCAACUAACAGGCAGGCUGAGAGGUUUGUCCAGUCAUUGAAACAAGCACUGAAGGCUUCUAAGGGCUCUUCUACUCUUCAGAAACGUCUGGAAACUUUCGUGCUGACGUAUCGCAACACGCCACAUCCAACGACAAAAGAGUCUCCUUCCCUGUUGUUUUUGGGACGCCAUUUGCGCACACGUCUUGAUGCCCUGCGACCUAGUGUGGCUGCUGCAGUGCGUUUCUCACAGACCUCUCAGGUUCUCCGCUGGGCUGGUCGUUGUGCUGGCUCGUGA